AAUUAAGAGAAAUAGGAACCAUAUUGUAACAUUUACAGUUGCAUUAAAAGAAAAAGAGAAGAAUAAGUAUAUAUGUAAUAUUAUUGAGUGAUAUAAUUAACAAUAAAUAAUGCACAAUGAUCGUGACCAUUAUGAGCAUUGAAUAGUGAUAUAAGAAGCAUUACAUGUUAAUUAUCUUAAUAAAUCUUAGCAUUAGAUAUUAUGUACAAUAUUUAGUAAACAGUAAUAAUGUUUAACACUAUUAUAAGAUAAGUUGUGAUAGAAUAAAGAAUUUCACAGCGGUUACUAUUACUGUAAAUUUCUAGAAGUAUUUCCCAAUUUUUAGUUUUAUCUCGUUGUUAUAACGUUUUAAGCUGCUUUGAAUCCUCACAAAAUCAAGGGAUAAAUAUCUAAAUAAAUUUUCAGUGAGUCUCCAAACCUUAAAACUAUUCGCACAUUUGUAGAAGUUGAGGGAAUUAAACAGGGGGCAUUUGAGUACUCAAGCAUGCGUGAGAAGCGAACCAACCCAUCUGCAACCAAACAGAAAAGCCGAGGUGGAUGGAACUUCCCAGAAUUUUAACUGCCUGCACAGAACAAUCCCCUGGAAAAAACGGCAGCUUUGCAGGGAAAAGCGCCAACUCCAAAUUUCCAGGUUAGCAAAUUGAAGUUGGCAACCGGAAGAGGUUGUCAACGGUUCUGUCCCGGAAGUUGCAGUGACCCACACACACCCUGUGCUUAUGUCCGGAUCAGCGCGCCUACUACUCGUUGGAGCCGCUGUGGGCCGGCGCCUGCAAACUCGGCUGCGGCCCCCCCGUCCCCCCGCUGCGUCCUCCGUGAGCACCUCCGGCAUGCAGGCCCGCGUGACUUUCUCUCCCGCCGCCCGGAGCCUGUUUGACGAGCCGCUGGCCAUCCGUGUGGAAGGCCUGCAGCCCCAGCAGGAGGUCACCCUCCGGGCGUCCCUGCGAGACGACGCGGGGCUGCUCUUUGAGUCGCGCGCCCUGUACCAAGCGGAUGGCGACGGGCAGCUGGAUCUGGCUCGCUCGCCGGCGCGGGACGGCGGCAGCUUCUCCGGGUUGGAGCCGCUGGGGCUGCUGUGGUCGAUGGUGCCGGAGAAGCCGCACAGACGCCUGGUGAAGCGGGACGUGCAGAGCCCCUUCCGCCUGGAUCUGGAAGUGCUGGGAGGCCAGAGCAACCGCCUGGCCCAAGGCACCCACGAGCGCGCCUUCCUGCGGGACGGUGUGAGAAGGAUCCCGAUACGGGAGGGCAGGAUCCGAGCCACGCUCUUCCUACCCCCCGGUGAUGACACCUUUCCUGGAAUCAUUGAUAUUUCUGGAGCUGGAGGAGGCCUUCCCGAAUAUCGAGCCUGUUUGAUGGCCAAUCAUGGCUUUGCCAUGCUAGCACUGGCCUAUUAUGGUUAUGAAGAUCUACCUAAAGAUAUGAAAGAAUUCCAUCUGGAGUAUUUUGAAGAAGCUGUAAAUUAUAUGUUGAAACAUCCAAAGAUUAAAGGUCCAGGAAUUGGGCUACUUGGACACUCUAAAGGGGGUGACCUCUGUAUCUCUAUGGCAUCUUUCUUAAAGGGUAUCACUGCGACAGCCACAAUAAAUGGCUCUAUAGCCAAUGUAGGGGCCAAACUCUGUUAUAAGGAUAUCACCAUUCCACCUCUUGGCUUUGAUAAGAAUCGGGUCAAAAUAGACCAGAAUGGGGUUGCUGACAUUGUGGAUGUCCUGAACAACCCGCUGGAGGGUCCUGACCGCCAAAGCCUUAUUCCACUGGAGAAGGCGGAGAGUCGCUUUCUUUUCAUUGUAAGCAGAGAUGACCAUAACUGGAAAAGUGAAUUCUUCGCCACUGAAGCCUCCAAACUUUUGCAGGCUCACGGAAAAGAAAAACCUGAGAUAAUUUGCUAUUCAGGAGCAGGGCAUUAUAUUGAGCCUCCUUAUUUCCCACUGUGCCCAUCUUCAAUGCAUCUUUUAGUGGGCUUCCCAGUGAUCUGGGGAGGGGAGCCCAGAGCUCAUGCUGCAGCACAGGUGGAUGCUUGGCAGCAGAUCCAAACUUUUUACCACAAACAUCUCAAUGGUGAACAAGAUGGAGGACAGAACAAGUUAUGAUAAUGCUGGGUACAGAACAUGUUUUGGCACAAGGGCUAUGGGAUUAUUUGGUGAGCAUGUUUGAUUUCCUCAGUAACACUUUUCCUUCUUAUCUUACUGAGGGGUUUUUACUCAAAGGUCUUGCACAGAUCAGGAUCUAACCCCCUUACAGGCAAUUGCCACAGCUAAAUAUUUAGCAA